AGAGUAAAGCUUGGGGAGGCUGCGAGUUGAGCUCAGACUCGCCCAGCACCGCUGGAGUCGCGUUCCCCUAGAGAAGGGGGGGAGCCCUCUCCCCGCUCCGGCCCACACGCAACCCCGCGCGGCUGGAGCUGUCCACGCGUUGCGGUGCUGAACCUUGCCCGGGAGCCCGUCGAGCGCACCCCAGCGAGGCGCUGGCCGCGCGAGGCGGAGGCGCUCGGAGCUGUCCAUCGGCUGCGGUGCUGACCCGGGGCCGCUCGUCCAUGGCAGGCGGAGCGCGGCUGGUCUGAGCCCGGGCGCCGAGAGCCGAGCGGACGCCGAGCGCUCCAGCCGCGCCGCUGCUUCUCGCUCAGCCGAGCCCCAGCGCCCGCCCCGCCAUGGCGUUCAUGGUGAAGUCCAUGGUGGGCGGCCAGCUGAAGAGCCUGGCCGGGGGGCUGGGCGGCGAGGAGAAGGGGGAUGGCGAGAAGUCCCCGGCCGAAGCCCAGGGGAUGACGCGGGAGGAGUAUGAAGAAUACCAGAAGCAGCUAGUGGAGGAAAAGAUGGAAAGGGAUGCCCAGUUCACCCAGCGCAAAGCAGAGAGAGCCACGCUCCGGACCCACUUUAGAGACAAGUACCGGCUCCCCAAGAAUGAAACAGAUGAUAGUCAGAUCCAGCUGGCAGGAGGGGACGUGGAGCUCCCAAAGGAGUUGGCCAAGAUGAUAGAGCAAGACAACGAGGAGGAAGAGGAAAAGGACUCUGUUAUCGGACAGCUGACCAACAUCCAGAACCUGGACCUUGAUUCCCUGAAGGAUAAAGCCCAGGCCACGCUAGAGGACCUGAAGCAGUCAGCUGAAAAGUGUUCUGUUAUGUGACGCAGCUGGUUCCCUCGACAUACCCCAUUCUUUACCAUAUAAUGUUGGGGGGAGGAGGGAUGCAAUGGAUGGUCUGGGGGAAACGAUGGUGUAUGAAAAUUAACCAGUGGGAACCCCACUGAGUUUGUCACCCUUACCUGUGUGAGUUGGAUACCUUUUCUGAACCCAUGCUCCGCCUAGAUUCCCCCAAACAGACUUACGUGCCCUGUUCCUCUUGGAAGUGUGGUUUCCAGUGCGAGGCCGGGGUCGGGGGGCAGCACUGUCCUCCCCCAAGCACCCCUCCGGAGGUCGGAUCUAAACCUGCCUGUGCCACUGCUCACGUGGGGGACCGCGUUCCUCUGUCCAUUUGAAUCUUUCAGUGCAGAAGGGCGGGAGGGUUGUGAUGCGGGUUGCUGAACCAUGCCUGUGAAUGGGAGCAAAGAACCUCUUUAGAGGAGCAGACUGGCAUUGCUGCUCUGCCUUCACUCCCAUCUUGGUGAAGGAGAUUUGGAGCAAACCUCCUGGAGGCGAUGCCCGGUGUUCCCUUUGCUUUCCAGACACAAGCCGUGACAGGGAAAUUUCCCACAUCCACGUAACUAACGCCAAGAAAUAAUACAACUACUUUGCCUUGAUAGCACCUUUCAUGUAUUGAUCUCAAAGCACUUAGCAAAGGAAGGGACAGCUAUAUCGGUCCCAUUUUAGAGAGGGGGAAACUGAGGCACAGAGCAGUUAGGCUAUUUGCCCAAGUCAGUGGCAGGGUCAGGAAUAGAGCCCAGACCAGUUGGGGCUCAGUCAGCUUAGACCACCAUCGCCCUUCCGUGUAAGAAAUGUCACUUAUUGGAAAUGCAUUCAAAUGCCGUGUCACUUCUACAGUAUGGGGCCUACUCUGUGUAAUGAGAGGAAAAUCUAUCUAUACAUUGUGAUGUAACCAUGCCAAGUUUUUGUCUGACUUUCUACCCCUUAUAUACCCUCCUUAUUCUAUGGUAUUGAUAUAGCUGAUGGAAUAAAUACCAGGAGAUCUCUA